UCAAAUGAAGAAAAUUUUGCGGCGACGUAAGUGAAAAAGUGGCAAAUUUUGUUGAAUUUUGACCGAAAAAUUGCACAAUUGCAUCGCUAGCCGGUACCGCUCGGUCGUCGGAGUCGUUGCAGGGUUUGACCCGUGCCCGAAGAAACCGCACCGCGAUGACGGAAUUUUGCGACGAUGUAAUCAAGCUGUUCCCGCUGCGAACGAUUCCGGAUGUUAUGAAGCUGUUCCGGCAACAGCUGAACAAUCGCGUUGAGGAGCCGGAUCUGACACUGCUGUCGAUCGUGACCGGGCUGAUUGAGCACUCACUGACGACCAAGGUGCUGGAGUCGUCGGUUCCGGGCGCGACCGGAGUCCAGCAGCCGCACAUUGAGGUAAUCAGCAACUUCCCGGUUAUUCGGUACGAUGUGGUUGAGGCCCUGUACAAGAAGUUCAAGAACGUGCUGGCCCCGAUCGAAAAGCUGCUGGUAAAGAAUACGAUGGAUUCGAAGUUUGCCAGCCGGGAGAUUAUCAAGAAGGUGUCGGAUAUUAUUUGGAACUCGCUGAUGCGGAGUUCGUACAAGGACCGGGCACACCUGCAGAGUUUGUACAGUUAUCUCUGUGGAAGUAAGUUGGAUUGUUUUGGAGUAGCGUUUGCGGUGGUGGCCGGUUGCCAGAUGUUAGGCUAUAGGGAUGUGCAUUUGGCCAUUUCGGAAGAUCACGUUUGGGUGGUUUUCGGGAAGACGGGUGAGGAAACGAUUGAGGUGACUUGGCACGGCAAGGGGGCGGAGGAUAAGAGAGGUCAGUCGGUGGCACCGGGAGUGGAGUCGCAGACGUGGUUGUACGUGGCCGGGAAUCCGGUGGUUUGCAGCCGGUACAUGGAAGUGGCAGCCAUAGUGUCGGCUAUUAAUCCUUCGUUGACGGCGACGAGUGCCUGCUUGGAGGUAGCCGAUCUGCAGCAGCAGUUGUUGUGGCAGUUGUACGAGAUGGGUCAUCUGAAGAAGUACCCAAUGGCAUUGGGGUGCCUGGGUGAGCUGGAGGAAGUUUCUCCGACCCCGGGCAGGAAGAGCUGCGAGGAGUUGUACAAUGAGUCGGUUCGAUCGGCACAAGUGUACUACAAGAAUCAUCAUGUCUAUCCGUACACGUACCAGGGCGGUUUCUACUACAGGAGAAACCGGUAUCGGGAGGCGUUUGCGUCGUGGGCCGAUAGCAGCGAUGUCAUCAGGCUUUACAACUACUCCCGUGACGAUGAGGAAAUCUACAAGGAGUUUCUGGAUAUUGCCAACGAGUUGAUCCCGCAGGUGAUGAAGCUGGAAAGUUCGGGACAUUCGGCGCGGAGCAUCCUUCGGGAUUCGCACUGCUUUGCCAAUUUGCUCCGGUUCUACGACGGGAUCUGUAUGUGGGAGGAGGGCAGUUUGACUCCGAUUCUGCACAUUGGCUGGGCCAAACCGUUGGUGGCCACGAUUGCCAAAUUCGAUCACGACAUCCGCUCGCAGGUAAUCAUCAAGUGCAGCGAUGAUUCACCCCGGGCAUUCCACCUCAAUGGGCAUCACCACGUGGCAGACGGGGACAAGGCAAAGGUGGUGAAUAACAAUAAUAAUAAUAACAACAUCAUCAACAAGGCGGAUGCCAAUUUGGAGAAUGGGAAACCGGAUGAAAAGACGAGUCUACCGAAAUCGCUGGAGGCUCUGGUUGGUAAGUGCGGUGAGAAGCUUCUGAAUCCGGACUUUUUACUUCAGGGAGGUGGCCAGCCGUUUACAUCGGAAGACAGCGAGAUGGCGUCCGGAGGUGGUCAGAGCAAUGGCUCGACCAAGAAUGGGAAGAAGGAGAAAUCCUCCGAUGGGAAGAAAGAGAUACCCAUCAAGAAGGAGAUCGUGAAAAUCGAACCGAAGAAAGAAUCCCUCGAGCUGGUGGACUCGGAAGACGGCGGUCCCAAGAGGCCCUUGAUCGCUCUGUACAGUCAGAAGAUGAAGGGCCUCAAGGAUCUGCUGCUGGCAGAGAAGCUCAACACGAAUGCCAUCUCGCUGCAGAUUACGGCUCAAAGCCAGGUGCAGGUAGGUGGUAAAAAGUCCCGCUCCCAAACGGGAACGCAAUCGUCGGGUGGAGUGCACCCGGAGAACGAGGCCAACACUCGUUCCAAGCGCGCUCGGAGGGAGUAAAUGCCUUCCGCCUCAGUCGGAAACGGAAACAUUCCCUGAUUCCCCUAAACUUUUAAGCUGGAUCUAUUUGUGAUUAUUUUAUAUUUUUUUUAAACCUCGUACCUACCUAUCCGGUAUUCUUCUACAAUGUUCUUGUGUGCCACUUGAAAAGAGGCAUUCUACUAUUCCAUUAAGGUUGAGAUUUUGCACACGCUUUCUCCUCCAUUAGAGGACAUACUAUUCUAGAGCGCGAGCAUUGUGAUGCCAUUUUGUUUUAGGAAAGCAAAAUUAUUUAUAUUUUUUAAAUUGUUAAUUUAUUCUGUUUUAAAACUCUUUCCUAUUGUGGUUCUAUUUAUUAUUAUUAAUGAAAA